CGGCGGGCGGCCGGCGGACACCAUCCGGCGUGUAAGGGUGAAGAUGUCAUCAGUGUCGGCGCAAGGAGUGGUGGAGCGCGCCUCAGCGGAGCUGUCACGCCGCAUCACCGGGCUGGGGUUGCGCGGACGCAAACGCUCGCCUGGCGUCGUCGAGCGCAUGGCCAGCGCCCUCUGUGGACCGGCGCAUGCCGCACCGCGCGUGCCUCGUCGAAAGCGUCUCGACACGCGACCCUUAUUAUGGCCUCAAUUUAUCUUAGACGAAAAAUUCCUGGAAAAAUUCUUUCUUUAUUUUAACGCAAACGAACGCCGCACUCUAGCGCAAGUGUGCACCAAAUGGCGCGAUCUUCUAUAUUCAUCUCCUCGCUGGUGGAACGGGCUGGUAGCGGUGCUGGACUGCCGCGAGCUGCGCUCCGCUUCCGGGUGCUGCAUGCAGAGGUUCUACAACUCUAUAAUUAGACGGGGCAUACGGGGUGUAGUGUUAGUGUCCGCCACCGACGACGACAUUAACGAAUUCAUACGGCAGUUCCCUCUCUCUGCUCAUCACAUACACGCCAUUGGUUUAAAAGGAUGCACUAUAACCGAUCGGGGAUUGGAAGCUAUACUUGAUCAUUUACAGGUUCUGUUUGAGUUAGAAUUAACAGGCUGCAAUGAAAUAACUGAAGCCGGUUUGUGGGCAUGUCUAACUCCGCGGAUAGUUUCACUCACGCUUACUGAUUGCAUUAACAUUGCUGAUGAGGCUGUGGGCGCGGUGGCGCAGCUGUUACCGUCUCUGUACGAGUUCUCUUUGCAAGCGUAUCACGUGACGGACGCGGCGCUCGGCUACUUCUCUCCCAAGCAGAGCGCCUCGCUGAGCGUGCUGCGACUUCACAGCUGCUGGGAACUCACGAAUCACGGGAUUGUUAAUAUAGUCCAUUCGUUGCCCAACUUGACGGUGCUGUCGCUGAGCGGGUGCAGCAAGGUGACGGACGAGGGCGUGGAACUGGUGGCGGAAAACCUGCCGCGGCUGCGCAGCCUCGACCUCAGCUGGUGUCCGCGCGUCACCGACAAUGCGCUCGAGUACAUCGCCUGCGACCUCAACCACCUCGAGGAGCUCACGCUCGAUAGAUGCGUGCACAUAACGGACAUCGGUGUGGGCUACAUCAGUACGAUGCAGUCGCUGGCUGCGCUGUUCCUGCGCUGGUGCUCGCAGCUCCGCGACUUCGGCGUGCAGCAUCUCUGCGGCAUGCGCUCUCUGCAGCUGCUCUCUCUCGCCGGUUGUCCACUAUUGACUUCAGGAGGUCUUUCCAGUUUAAUACAGUUGCGACAAUUGAGAGAGUUGGAGCUCACAAACUGUCCGGGUGCUUCCCCGGAGCUCUUUGACUAUCUUCAUGAACACCUGCCGAGAUGCCUCAUCAUAGAGUAAGGUAUGCGGUGCCAUACAUAUUUGAUAACAUAAAUAAAAUGUUCAAAUGCAAUAUAAUGUUAUAUAUAGGCUCAUCUCAGUCAAUUUCACACAACAUUAUUGAAAAAGACAAUGCCUUAAAAUAUUACUCAAUAUAAAGCAGGCUUUAGUGUUAGGUUAGUAUAUAGGUGUAUUUAAAUUCCUAAUUUUCGAUAUUAACAAUUUUGCUCUAUAAGUGUUUUUUAAAAUAUUGAGUGUUAUUUGUUGUGAUCUCCCCCCUCCCCCCUUUUAAUUACAAUAGAUGUUUGUUGGAAAUCUACAUGUAUGUAGUUCUUUUAUAUUUAAUAGUGAACUCCUUAUUUGAAAAACGUUUUUCCACGUGUUCCCCCUACUUUUGUAGUAGUUUUCAGUUUUCCAAUUGAAUGUAAAGACUCUGUAAGGCGCAAAUAAAUAAGAAAAAAACCGUAUUAUUUACCAUAAAUUUCAUAAC